AUGGAAGAUAUUCUUGUAACUUGUUUCGUGUACAUCCCUCUUGGAUGUAUUCUUUUACUUUCAAUCUUAUUGGUGGAAAGAUACGUUCAAUAUAAGAAACUUUGCAAAAAAUAUGAACACUUACCAGGUGUUACUCAAUUUUUACCACCUCACAUUGCUCAAUUCCUUCCUAAAUGGAUGCUCCCAGAUGGAAUCAUUGAUAAUCCAUUCGAAAUCUUUACUCCAGACACAAUCCUUCGAAUCAUUAAGGAAAAUAAUAGUGAUUACUUUAAAAUCAUAUUUGGUAUUGCCAAUUUAUCAUUUGUUAUUGGUGACUGUCCUGAAUUAGCCAAAGAAUUUGCAACCAAGGGUGCAAAAGUAUUCAGAAAAACAGAAUUUAUGGACAGAUCGAGUAAAGAAUUAUUUUUUGGAACCAACGUAUUUGCUGAGCCAGACCACCAUACUUGGUUAAAGCAUAGACAAUUAAUUGAUCAAAGUUUUUCACCAUCCAAUUUGAAACUUGUUGCAGAUGUUACUAAUGAAGUGGUUGAGAAGGAUAUGAUUCCUGCCAUUAAUUCUCAACUUGAAAGAAGAGAUGUAAUGGUUGACAUGGCGAGAUUGACAAUGGAUGUUAUUGGAAAGGCAGCUUUUGGAUAUAGUCUUAAUUCAUUCCAUUCAAAGCCAGGUGAAGUAACCUUGGAACAACAAGGUAAUAUUUUUAUGAGCUAUCUUGAUUAUCUGAGAGUUAUUCCAACAAAAUUUUUGAGAAGUAACCUCAAAAUUGGUGCUGUUGGUAAAUUGCACUUUGCUGUUAAAUCAUUCACUGAUGUCAUUAGUAAGAUUAUUGAAAAGAGAGAACGAAGUGAUGAUAAAGAUGAAGCUGCCGAUAUUUUGUCUCUCCUAUUGAAGGAGAGAAAGAAUAAUAGAGAUCAAUCGAGUGGUGGCAUUUUGACUGAUGAAGAACUAGUGUCAAAUUCAUUUGUGUUAUUAGUGGCCGGCCAUGAUACUACGUCUAGAACACUUGGUUAUGCCACUUACUUACUCUCCAAGAAUCCUCAUAUUCAACAAGAAUUGCACGAUGCAGUUGACAAAGUCGUAAAGGAAACUGGAAAAGAUACAUUUGAUUUCUCAGACUAUGAAAGUGGAAGAUUGGACUAUGUGAAAGCAGUAUUUAAUGAAGUGUUGAGAUUAAUCCCUGUUGCUUUUGGUUCUUUCAGAGAUUUAACCAAAAAUGUUGAAUAUAACGGAACAGUAUUUCCAAAAGGAGCCAUUUUUGGCAUUUCAUUUGUUCACACUCUCGUCAAUGAAAAGUAUUGGGACGAACCAUUAUCUUUCAAACCAAUGAGAUUUAUCAAGGAUGGAAAGUUUAUUGUUCCAAACAGUAAUCCAUUUGUUUUCACGCCAUUUGGUGUCGGUGGAAGAAUUUGUGCAGGUCGUUAUUUCUCAACAGUUGAAGGAUUAUGUGCAUUGGCCAAGUUAGCUAGAACCUACUCUUUCAAACUCUCAGAUCCAAAUUAUGUUGUUCAACACGAAAUGCACAUUACAUUGAAGCCAAAAGAGACUCUCUAUGUUGAUUUCAUUCCUCGUCAACUCUAAUACCUAUAUUCUUCCGUUGCGCCUAAUAAUAAAACAAACUACCUUACUGC